CCAUUUCGAGCUUUGUUUCCCAAUCACACGCACCUGGGAACUCGAAAGGAAAAAGGAAUUAACCGAUCAAAAGUUUUUCCCAAAGGAGGCUGAAGAUGGGAACCCUAGGGAAAGCUGUAUACACCGUUGGAUUCUGGAUUCGGGAGACCGGCCAGGCGCUCGAUCGCCUCGGCUGCCGCCUCCAAGGCAGCUACUUGUUCCAAGAGCAAAUGUCUAGGCAUCGGACUCUGAUGAACAUAUUUGAUAAAGCUCCUGUGGUUGACAAGGAUGCAUUUGUUGCCCCUAGCGCAUCCGUCAUUGGUGAUGUUCAGGUGGGAAGAGGAUCAUCUAUUUGGUAUGGAUCUGUUUUAAGGGGGGAUGUCAACAGCAUUAGUGUUGGAUCUGGAACUAAUAUACAAGACAACUCCCUUGUGCAUGUGGCAAAGUCUAAUCUAAGUGGGAAAGUGCUACCAACUAUUAUUGGAGACAAUGUUACAGUCGGUCAUAGUGCUGUUUUACAUGGCUGUACCGUUGAGGAUGAAGCAUUUGUUGGCAUGGGAGCAACACUUCUUGAUGGUGUAGUUGUGGAGAAACAUGCUAUGGUUGCUGCUGGAGCCCUUGUGAGACAAAAUACAAGGAUCCCUGCUGGGGAGGUAUGGGGUGGGAAUCCAGCAAAGUUCCUGAGGAAGCUAACUGAUGAGGAGAUAGCGUUUAUUUCUCAGUCAGCCACCAAUUAUUCCAACCUUGCACAGGUACAUGCAGCUGAGAAUGCAAAGCCAUUCGAUGAAAUUGAAUUUGAGAAAGUCCUCCGCAAGAAAUUUGCUCGUAGGGAUGAAGAGUAUGACUCAAUGCUGGGCGUUGUACGUGAAACUCCUCCAGAACUAAUUCUUCCAGACAACGUCCUACCAGAUAAAGCACAGAAGUCUUCUGAAAAAUGAUCUUUUUCACAUGUCAUUUUUUUUGUUUGCCUCAACCCCUGAGAUAUGGCAUCAAGGAAUAUUUGUUGUUAUGUGCAAGAACAUGGCGGAGGGAUCAUUUUCUUUCCCAAUAAUACCGGGCAUGUUGUAGGAUAGAAACAUGGCUCAUUUUUAGCUUUCAGCUCCUCAUAUGGUUACUCACAGACUCUUUCCAUGACAGGAAGAAUGUAUUUUGAUGUCUAAUGUUCCUUGUACCUAAGAUUCUUGUUUUCAUGAUGAUUGUCAUUUUGUACUUGUUAAAGUCAUUUCCCACCA